UCCCAAGACGACCAGCAGAAAAGAAAAAGAGGCAGAGGACCCAGCUCCCCUGCCCCCUUCCUCCGUCAACGGCGCAAGAAGCAGAGUAGGGCAAGGAGGCGGAGCAGAGCAGAGCAGAGGGGAGGAGAUGGCGGCACCGCGCCCGCAUCCGCUGCUGCUGCUCCUCGUCUCGCUGCUCGCCGCCUCCGCGCCCCGCCGCGCCGACGCGUGGGGCAAGGAGGGCCACAUCAUGGUCUGCAAGAUCGCCGAGAAGUACCUGUCGGAGGAGGCGGCGGCGGCGGUGCAGGACCUGCUGCCGGAGUCGGCGGGCGGGGAGCUGUCGACGAUGUGCCCGUGGGCAGACACCAUGCGCUUCCGCUACCACUGGGCCAGCCCGCUCCACUACGCCAACACCCCCAACGUCUGCAACUUCAACUUCUCCCGGGAUUGCCACAACUCACGCGGGGAGCAGGGGAUGUGCGUCGUCGGGGCCAUCAACAACUACACGGACCAGCUCUACACCUACGGGGACUCCCCCAAGAGCUCGUACAACCUGACGGAGAGCCUCAUGUUCCUGGCGCACUUCGUGGGGGACGUGCACCAGCCGCUGCACGUCGGCUACGAGGAGGACGAGGGCGGCAACACCAUCAUGGUGCGCUGGUACCGCAGGAAGGCCAACCUCCACCACGUGUGGGACGUUAGCAUCAUCGACACGGUGAUGAAAGACUUCUACAACAAGAGCAUGGACACCAUGGUGGAUGCACUCCAGACGAACCUCACUGAGGGAUGGUCCGACGAUGUCGGUCACUGGGAAAACUGCGCCAACAAGAAGGCGACCUGCGCAAACGACUACGCGAUUGAGAGCAUAAAUCUGUCGUGCAACUACGCCUACAAAGAUGUGGUGCAGAACAUCACCCUAGGAGAUGAUUAUUACUUCACCCGGUACCCGGUUGUGGAGAAGAGACUAGCACAGGCCGGCGUAAGGCUGGCCUUGAUACUCAACCGGAUAUUCGACAAGAAGAAAGCAGAUACCAUGCCGUUAUACAUACAGUAAAAUAGCUAUACUUGUACACAUAUAGAUAUACGGGCUGGAAGGUAUUGUAGCUGCCGCUGACACGCCAGAUUGAUCAAUUACCACUUCUAUAGGUUUACACAGUCUGUAAUAAGAAUCACGCAACCUUGGCAGAGCAUUCAGAAAUUCAGUUGUUGUAAAGUUGUAGUAUAAACCCUCUAUUUGUCUAUGUGCUUGAACAAUAACCCAAUCCGCAAGUGCAGUUCAUUUCUUUA